AUGACUCCUUUUGAAGCAUUUUAUGGUUUUUCCCUUCCUCAACUGGCUCUAGGACCCUACCUGCAGUCCAGGGUAGAUGCAGUAGGAGAAUACAUCAGGGAAAGGCAACAAUUGGAUAACAUGCUGAAACAGAACCUAAAGCAGGCUCAGGAAAGGAUGAUGAAAUAUGUUGACGAAAAGAGGAGUGAAAGGGAGUUCAGUGAGGGUGACUGGGUAUACCUACGGCUACAACCAUAUAGACAGAGUACAGUAGCCCUGAGGGGAAAUACUAAACUAUCAGCAAGGUACUUCGGCCCAUACAAAAUAGAAGGAAUGAUUGGGAGUGUAGCUUACAGACUGAGUUUGCCAAAAUCUUCAAAGGUCCACCUUGUCUUUCAUGUGUCUUUGCUCAAGAGAAAGGUGGGGAAAGAGGCCACUCCUAUCCUCCAAUUACCAGAAACAAAUGAGAAGGGUCACUGGAGGGUGGAGCCAGUGGCAGUAUUAGGCAGAAGGAUGAUAAAAAAGAAGAAUGCUGCUGCAACUCAGUGGCUAAUCCACUAG